GAAGGCCACUUCUGAAGUUGGGGCAUCCCAAGGAGGCACCAGCAGCCAAGAUGUCCACACAGAGCCCUCCCGACCUGGAGCCCGAGGCCUUGGACCUGCGGUCUGGGAUCCCAGAGGCCCCAAGCCACCAGCGGCGCCACACACUUCCCGCCAGUGAGUUCCGCUGCCUCACUCCGGAGGAUGCUGCCAGCGUGUUUGAGAUCGAGCGCGAAGCCUUCAUCUCUGUCUUGGGCAUCUGCCCCUUGUAUCUGGAUGAGGUCAAGUACUUCCUGACCCUGUGUCCAGAGCUGUCCCUGGGCUGGUUCCAGGAGGGCCGCCUCGUGGCCUUCAUCAUCGGCUCGCUUUGGGACCAGGAGAGACUCACUCAGGAGUCGCUGACGCUGCACCGGCCCGGGGGCCACACUGUCCACCUGCACGUGCUGGCAGUGCACCACGCUUGCCAGCGGCAGGGCAAGGGCUCCACGCUGAUGUGGCGCUACCUGCACCACCUGGGCAGUCAGCCAGCGGUGCACCGGGCCGUGCUCAUGUGUGAGGACAGACUGGUGCCCUUCUACCAGAGGUUCGGCUUCAGCCUUAUGGGCCCAUGCGCCAUCACCCUGGGCUCGCUCACCUUCAUGGAGCUCCAGUGCUCCACGCAAGGCAACGGCUCCCUGCGUCGGAACAGCGGCUGCUGA